GAUCAGCCAAAGUGACACGGCCGUGGGGCUCCGCCUCCUCCGCCUUAUAGAGCAGCGGCUCGCCCAGAGUAGCCCACAGAGGCGCGCCGAGGAGCCCCGAAGGCUGGGUCGAGGCGCGCUGCCAUGGGAUGGGACGAGCGUCCGGUCUGCCCGGUGCCUUCGGCGUGGCUGCCUUUCCCUUCGCGCCCCCGGCGGGCAACCUGAGUCUGUGCGGGCUCCGCCGGGAGAGGCUCAACGCCACCGCCAUGGCCCCUUUGGUCGGCAACGCCACGGCUCCGUGCGGCUCUGUCUCCAUCGUCUUCCCCUUGACCAUGAUGAUCACGGGCAUGGUGGGCAACGCGCUGGCGAUGCUGCUGGUGUACCGCGCCUACCACAAGAAGGAGAACCAGAGGAAGAAGUCCUUCUUGCUGUGCAUCGGCUCCCUGGCUCUGACCGAUCUCACCGGGCAACUGGUGACAAGCCCCAUUGUCAUCUCGGUAUACCUGGCUAACCGGAACUGGGACAAGGUGGACCCCUCGCUGAAACUAUGCACCUUCUUUGGCAUGUGUAUGACUGUCUUUGGGCUGUGCCCUCUCUUCAUCGCCAGCGCCAUGGCAGUCGAAAGGACUUUGGCCAUCCGAGCCCCACACUGGUACUCUGGCCACAUGAAGACCAGGGUGACCAAAUCUGUCAUUCUCAGUGUAUGGCUGGCCAUCUUUGCUUUUGCGCUCUUGCCCAUCAUUGGUGUGGGGAAGUAUGCUCUCCAGUGGCCAGGCACCUGGUGCUUCAUUGGCACCAGGGAUGAUGAAGGCUUUAGGAUGGGCAACUCAGUCUUUGCUUUGAUUUUUGCUUUCCUGGGCCUCUUCUCCCUCCUUAUCACUGUGGCAUGCAACGUGGCAACAAUCGUUGGUUUAGUAUGUCGGUGCCGAACCAAAAGUUCCAGAUCUCAAUCCAGAAGGCAGUGGGGUAGAAUCACCAUGGAAACCCUGAUCCAGCUGCUAGGUAUCAUGUGUGUCCUCUUGGCCUGCUGGUCACCCCUUUUGAUUAUCAUGUUGAAAGUGACCUUCAGCCCCAUCUCUGUGAAACAAUGUGGAAUGACCUGCAACCAAACUCAAAGCAUAGAACUCGACAAAGAGUGCAAUUUCUUCUUGAUUGCAAUCCGCUUGGCUUCACUGAAUCAGAUUUUGGAUCCCUGGGUGUACCUGCUGUUUAGGAAGAUCCUCCUGCAAAAGGCUUGCCAGGUAGCAAAUGCCAUCUCUUGCCACUCUAAGGAUGGAUGGAAAGGGCGGCACAUCAUAUUGUCAGACAAAAUUAGACACACAACAGCUUGAAGCAACUUGCGCGUAAACAACUUUCCACGCAUUGUAAUAUUUUACUGUGAAUUGGGGCAUCAGAGAUAUGUCUUCUCUAUGUACAUUACAUGGAAGGGAUAUAUUCAGUGAUCUCUUAAUUGCAUAUCAUAUUUUUCCUUGUCUGAAGGAAAGAGUUAAAUUGUUAAGAAAUGAGAAUGCUAUAACUAACAAAUCAUGUGGCUUUUGUAAUUCAUAGCCCAAAAUGCAACUUUUUUGUGCAUGUACCAAAGACAUCCUUUGAAUUUCCCUACAACAUGGGAUAAGAACCUACAGUAUUGAAAAUGGAACUUUGAAUAUAGAUUCAAUGGCAAAUAAGUUAUUGAAAAGACUGAUUUUAAAAUAGUCAGCUAUUUUCUUCUAUUUCCAGCCUUCUUUUUUACAUGGAAAGAGAAGGAAGAAUUUAUUCAUGUCAAUUCUGGGAGAGGGGGAAGAAGCUGAAGAACUGAAAAUAUUGUUGUAUAUAUUAAUGACUUAGUUGUUUUUAUAGCAAGAGAUCAAUGAAAUGCAUGGAGUUUUCAAACUAAUUAUUCAUUAUCAAUAAAUACUAAGAGUAUUUUCAAAUGAUAGCUUGUGUCAUUAUCUCACUUGUUGUACAAGUGAAAUAUUGUUGUUGUUGUUAUUGCUGUUGUUAUUGCUGUGAAUCAUUAUUGAGUCUUCUCUCAAUACAUUGUUUUGCAGAUAUAUUGCAUUAUCCCAGAACAGUAUUUUGCCUCUAAAAUAUUAUUCUCCAGAUAGCAGAUUAAUUACUGCUGUGAAUUUUGAGGGCAACAUCAUGAAUGCUUUUGCACAGUGCCUGUGAUAUUGCUGAUGAUGAGCAAUAUCUCCCACCCAUUGAUUUCACUAUGUUGUUUGUACAGAUUUUGUUAACGUUUUGCUUUUAAAAUGCAUUUUCCUUUAUUUUAUUCAGUCCAUUGAAGACUUCUUUAUUAAUAAAGAUUAAUUAACAAAAAAAGAUAAAAAGAAAAAUCGAUCCUAUCAUUGUUACAAUUUUAAAUAAAAAGAGAGACAACAAAGUUAUGUAUAUAUAUAUUGAACUAUAUAAAAAGCUGAAAUCUGUUAACACUAUUGACUCUUUAAGGUAGAUUCUAAUAGCCAAAGAUAUAUUAAUUUAGAAACAUUGAUAUUUGAUUACUGUUAUGCAAAUAAAGCUCAUAUUGUUAAAUUGUGACCAUCUUAUGUAAUAUAAUUAUCCAUUCACCUUUCCCCCCUUAUCUCCCAAGAUAAAACUCAUGUUAUGAUAAUUUCAUUUAAUGUAAUUGUUCACCCU